GUAAAUUAACGAUAAUUUCAAAAGUGUUCCUAGGGUAGCAAGUCAAUAAAACGAAGGGGCGGAACUUCCGUGCUCAAUAAAGUUGUCUCUAACUAGCCUACUGGAGAAAAAUUAUUCUUGCCUCUAACAGCGCUCUGGGUAAGACAUGGACAAGCAACUUAGCUACGCACGAGACGAUGAAACGACACCUUGCGUGCUAGUUAGAAAAAUGUUGAGAGUUGAGGUACGUACAGUUUAAAUAAAUCAAUUUUAAGUUUAUAUGUAGCUGCCUGGCAAACUAUUAAUCUUAAUAGCUAUCCUGUGUGACGCUAGUGCCAGUGUCUUCAGAAACGCACAUCAUAUGGAAGAGGCAGUACGCUAGCAACAACGUUAAUUUUGUAGUUAUUGCUUUAGGUAUAGCUCCAUGCAUUAUAAAAUUAUGCUGGGUAAAAUAUUUUUUAAAUUAAUGUGUAGACUUCUCAUUGAUACAGCCUAUUGAAUGUGUCACGUUUUGUUGCUGUGUUGUUGCUUUAUCCAGUUAUUGAUAUUUUGUUUCAUGCUGUGAUAAUUUAGUAUUCGCCCAAUCUUCCACAAAACUAUCAUACGCCAAAAAAUCGAAAGGAAAGUCUACGGAAAUUUAAAUAAAAAGAUUUUAAGUGAAUUUAAGGAAACUGACAAUGACUAUUUAAUCUGCUUCAGUGUUUUUGCUCGAUCGGUUUAUGCAUAUAAUUCCAAUUAUUUUAAUAAAAUAUAUGGCCAGGGUUCGGAUGUGAGCGAAGGCAGCCAAAACCGUUUCGUUAGCUUCUACAAUUCGAGUACGAGUUGCAUGACAUUGUGUAGAUACCAUUAGGGUUUUGACGCAUGCGACUGAAUCAUUUCUGGGUUUAAAAAAACAAAACAAAAAUAGAAAACAAAGCUCUUUCAAGAUAGCAGGUACAUUAAAAAAAACUAAAAUAAACAGAAGUGGGCUCAUGUUCGGUCUGUUGAGAUAAGCUAUCCAUAAAUAAUUUGAACUGAGAUUUCCAAAUAACAUGAGCACAUAAAGACCAUUUCACAACAGCUUCUUCGUCUUUUACAAGUUAUUUUAAAACUGCACUGAAUGACACUAAAAAGGGACUGUGGACAAAAUUGGUGUCUAUAUUACUAUCUAUUGAAGGUUGACUAGCUUCUAUGUUCAGAACUGUUGUGAAUAUUCACUUUGAAAGCUGUUAACAAAAGCCCUAUUAUUUGAAGCAGAGUAUUGAAGAGGCAUACUAGUGCGUGUUUAUUUUCAAUAACAGCAUGCUGGUGGACCUUUAUUUCCACUAGUUGUCAGUACAGCUGUUUAAGCUCUAUGGCGAUAGGCUACCUUUUAAGGAAGUUGUCUCUGUGAGCGGAUCUUUAGAUUGCUUCUCUUUACUCCAUAACACUAAGUACAAAGAACAGGUUUAUAUCAGUUCUCAUCACCGUCCUGCAAGUAUUCACCAGAUUUUUGCCAGAUUUCUCUUUUUUUUAAAUUAGUUAAAAAGAUAUGCUGCUGUUGGGUAGUUUCUGCAUAGCAACCAGUUGCAGUCUUCUAACGAAGGAUGUGAGUAUGAACUUGUAUCCAGGAGGAAAAUAAACCCUCAUAAGCAAACAGAACAAAGGGAUUUCGUUUGUGGAAUAAAAUGAACACGGAUAAAAAAAGAGGUAGUUUCCAGAUAACCAGCGUGACUUUGGACUUUGACCGGGCGUCUCUGGAGUCCUCCUACAAGGCUGCCUUCUCUGACUGCACCAAUGAGCCUCCCCAGCAGCCUGCAGGGAAUUCACUGACCACUGGGGGGCAGGGUAGUGCACGCUCCACUUCUCCCAACCCUGAGCUGCCCAGUGCUUGUCUGGGGACUGUGGGCAGCAAGAAUGUUAAAGAGUCUGUGGGCUCUUUGGCUUCGUCACCAUCUUCACCUCCCUUUGGUGCUGGAAACACAGCAGCCGGGUUGGCGGGGGCAGUCGAGGGGAGCUGUGGUGGGCCUGCUCUUUUGGAUGUGCCCAGGGCUGGCCUGUACCACCUCAGCUUCAGCCAGCCCUGCAGCCCAUUGUCCGUUAGGAAGCAGGUGGACCUGGAGCAGGGCGGGGCGAGCUGCUGGCUGCCCAUGUCUUCCCCUCAGUCCCCAUCACGGUUCAGAGUGGUCCGGCUGGGACAGGGUCUGGGCGAGCCGUACUGCCGUGGCCGCUGGACCUGCACGGACUUCCUGGAGCGUGAUGGGCUGGACAGGGGGGGCCUGCAGAGGGUGAUGGAGAGCAUGCGGCACGCUCACUCCCUGGACUCCCUGGAGGUGGAGGGGUUUGCUAUGCCUGGGGGCGAGGGACCGGUGUUUAGGCCUCUGGUACAGGUCAACGCUCUCAACACAAGGCACAUGGUCAGCUUGCCAGGAGCUGUGGGAAUGUUGGCACCCGAUGUUAAAUCCAGUGCCUGCUGUGCUGUAAUGCCUGAAGGGGAGGGGACGGGCGAUUCUCUAGCAGGACACCCUGCUGUGAUUGACUCUCCCUCCCCCUUGCCCAUGGAUCAGUUUAGAAUUAUACCUGAGGAUCCAUCAUCCAAGGCCUUCAUCUCCCUCAUCCCCGGGUUUUCCCUCCAACACCAGCCGGACCCCUUUUCUUUACUGUCAACUUCUAGGCUCCUCCCCUUAUCCCAACGGGCUGGCCGAAACCUGCCUUUGCUGCAACUGGACCAGAAAGUCAAGCCCGACUCCUUGGCCACCCCCCAGAAGCAAGAUGGAGGCUUCUACCAUGAUGUUGGCCCCAAUCAUGCUCAGUCUACUUUCAGCCUGGCUCAGUCCAUGUUUGGAGCUGGGGGGGCUUUUGACCUGGGCAGUGAAAGUGGCUCUAGUAAAAGCAUGAUGGCAAUUGACAACAAAAUCGAGCAGGCCAUGGACUUGGUGAAGACCCAUCUGAUGCUUGCGGUGAGAGAGGAAGUGGAUCUGCUACGAGAGCAGAUCGCUGACCUUACAGAGAGGAACUCACAACUGGAGAGAGAGAACUACAUCUUGCGUACCAUGAGAGAGAGAGACUGAGUGGGAGAACUACAUCCUACGCACCAUGAUAGAGAGAGACUGAGAGGGAGAACUGCAUCCUGCCCACCAUGAGAGAAAGAGAGGAGAAAGAGAUAGAGUGAACUACAGUGUAUGAGAGAUGGAGAGAGAACAGAAAGGUAUAACAUUUUAUAGACCCCGAGAGAAAGGGAUAACUACAUUAUACCAGCCAUGUGAGGAAGGGACUGAAAGUGAAGGAAAACACAUUAAACACAUCCUAACAGAAAGGGAAAUUUCAUCCUACCAUCCCAUUGAAUGGGUAUAACAAAUUUUACGACCCUAAGACACAGGGAUAAACCUACAUCACACAGACCAGGAGGGAAUAAGGAUUGAAAGAAGUUGGGAGAAAUAUAUCCUAUAGACCCUAAUCCUACCAUUCAUACUUUUGUGGAAAUUCAGCCAAAUACACAAUUGGGUCCACAGGCUGUCUGUCAAGAUGAAUUUUCAUGUUCCCGUCUCCAAGAAAUGUAAUCUUCCAAGAAAUGUGCGGAAUGGGAUUUAAAUGCCGUCCAGCCUGCGUUUUAAUGCCAGCGUGUAAAAAGUGGAGCACUGUGGCAGUUAUCUACUUUCCUGCAGAUUCUUCUGUCGUUUGUCAUUAGUAACACACAGCAGAUUUUCCACAAAAGUGUGGCCAUUCGGGGCACCUGUUCAGCUGGGAGGGGAUCUGGGGGAGAUAGCAUGAACCUCCGCGCGCAUUACGCUCUCCCAGUGAAACUCCUCGCUGUCAGGUAAAAAGAAGCGGCUGGCGACUCCACAUGUAUCGGAGGAGGCAUGUGGUAGUCUACACCCUCCCCAGACCAACAGAGGAUAGCGCAUCGACCAGGACCGUGAUACACACGGGGAAUUGGUAUAACGACUAAAUUGGGGAGAAAAUGGCAAAAAAAAAAAAAACUUUCUUAAAAAACAAAACAAAAGUGUGGACAUAACGUAAGAGAGGAGGGAGGGAAGAGAAACACUGUUUUGCAGUCUCAGACAGAGAACUGAGAAAGAUAGAGCUAUGCUAUGGAGUCUGGAUACGAUGAGAAGGAAUGGGGACUGCAAUAGCAGAUCUUUAUGUAGCUGUGAAGCAGGGGUGGGGAAGGAGGGCUGUAUCUGUUUCUGGAUUUCAUGCCAACUUCUGCCUAGUUAUAUAAUGACCCAACCUUUUAUGUAAUCUCGUGAUCUAGCUGAAUUUUUUGAUAAGCAUGUGAAUCACACUGUUCUUGCAUAUAUAUACAAAACAAUUUACUGUGCUUGCAUCAAUGAGUCAGCAUCAUUAUGUACAGUGAAUUAGCUAAUUGAGCCAGGGUGAUUGGUGGAAACACACUCCUGCGUACACACCAGUUCCCGCUAUUGGGAGUUCCCCACCAGGCGUGCAAACUAGUAAAACUAUUUGCAUCUAUCUGUAUUCAGACAGAAACCCAGAAUUAAAUGUGCAUUUCUCAAGUAAACAGGCUUUUCCUGUUGUUUACACAACUUGCAUUGUGUUCUACACACUCUUCCAGUUUCUGUCCGAAUGAAGAUACAGAUGGAACAGUGGAACAGUUGCAGAUACCGCUCCUCCCCUAUUCCCCACCAUUGCUGUAAGGGUGAGAAUUGUUCACAGGGCUGUUGGGACUUGGACUUUUUAAAGCAUUUGGCAAGGAUGCUGACUGUUUAUGACUUAGGCAAGUGAAAGGUAAAAAGUGAAGGCAGGAUGAAUAGGGAUAGAGGGAUUGAGUGAGAAAGAAAAAAGAUAAAGGGACACUGUUUAUUUGACAUCAGUCAUUCUUCUGUCCAUUCACCUGCUGUGCCUUCUUCACUCACGUGAACCUCAUACAUGUUUAUUAAUAUGUGCAAUAUAAAUGUCAAUAUAUAAUAAUAUUAUUGUGAAGACUGAUAUUAGUCACUAUUAUGAUGAUGUUUACAAUAUCAUGUUUGAAAUGUAACUGCACGCUGGUGCAGAUGUACUUUUCUGUUGAUUUAUUUUUGUUUCUGCUUUAAUAAUAUAAAGGCUUGUUUUGAAUCGUG